AGUCAACGGCGCAGUGGCUACUGUCACUACGUUUUUUUUUUUUCAUUAUUCGUUUCCCCUCCCUCCCGUCCCCCACCAGUACGAUUACCUACCUUCAUCGUUUUGCGACGAAUGUCGAGUAUAACGACCAGUCGACACUGAUUCGACUGUCGAAACGACUAACAAGCACAACCGACAACAACUACGACGACGACGACAACAACAACAACAACAACUGUGUGUGUGUUUAUUUAUCAGCGUUCGUCGGCAAUUCAAAACAAAGAACAAACAACAGAACACGGCCGCCGCACAGAACAAACGAUUGUGCCCUCGUUUGCGUCGCCGUACGCAGUCCCAGUAAUUGGAUCAAAUGAUCGUCCCUCUAGUUUUCCGCCGUCAUUGAAUUCCCGAACGCCGAACACUGUACGUAUGAAUAAUGAGUAGUGGGUCUGACAGUCCGAGUUACAGCCUGCUAUUCUUCCGUCCGAAACGAAAUUUCGCGUACAUUUAAUAUUUAUUUAUAAUGUUUUUUAUGGCCUUACAUGUCUAGUUGUUUAAAAUUUAAAAAAAAAAAAAAAUUAUUACAUUAUACUAUAAUAUUUUCUUCCCUCAGCGCUGUUACGCGGCAAAGGCUGCUGGAAAUCAAGAAAUUUUAACGUUUGCACCUACAAUACGCCACAGCCAUCAUGUACUCUUCGUAUCAAAUAAUAUUGGCUAUUGGAAUGGUCAUUACGGGAUCUAUAAAUACACUCAGUGUCAAGUAAGUUAAACCGACAUAAUGUUAUGUUAUAAUAUAUUCUAAUAAUUAGGUAUCCGAUACCAAGUAGUUACCUAUAGUAUUGUGCAUAAUCAAUGUCUGUGUACACUCAAUGUGUAGUGUACGCCUAAUGUCAUGCUAUUCACUUAAAACACCAAUGCUGAAUGAUAAUUUGAUUCGGAAUGACCCAUGACAAUUGAAAUUAUCUGUAUGCGGUAUACCUCCUUUAAAUUAUUAACAUUCUUAGGUACUCAAAACUAUUAAAUAUAUUAUACUAAUUAUAUUAUAGAUAUGACUUAAUAGUAAAGAAAUAAAUUCAAGUUCUUAUUUUUACUACCUAUUUAUACUUGACUAAUUUAAUUAUCUUAGCGUUAUUAACGCCAUAUUAUAUUUAAAUGUUUAACAAUUUAACCUAUUCUAAUCUUUAACUCUAAUUACUUACACUAGGUUAUUUAUAAAAUGACAACAAGGUUAAUUAUAUUUUCUAGGUUAUUGUUGUAGUUACCUACAUUUUUUUCUUUUUUCUUUUUGUAAACUCAAUUUUUUUAAAUAACAAAUUGCCUAGUUUUCUAAUUCAAAAUUUGGUACUAGGUAUGUUUAAAAAUAAAAAAAAUAAAGUGAACUUUGGUCUAUAAUAUUUUAUAUAGACCUACCUAUACUUUUAAAAUUAAUUUUAUAAGUAGGCUUAUGUGUGACUACCUAUGUAGGUAUACAUAUUUAUGAAUUGUGCACUUCUUAACUAGUCAACCUUGACUUGGUGAUAUAUAAAUUUUAUAUUCUCUACUGCAUUCUGCUGAGAUAUGCGCCUAUAGAAAUGAAUACCGUUCUGUUAUAUAACGUGUGCAUUUCUUAGAUUAAUUUACACAUUAAAACUAGAUAGAAUUUAUAAACCAUGGGUUUUUAAUGACUGAACAGUAUAGAAUAUUACAAUACUGUAUUUUGAGAAUCAAUUAUUGACUGAAAACCAACUGUCUAAUAAUUGACAAUCACAGUUCUAUAAACGUCUAUGUUUUCUUAUCAUUUAAAUAAAACAGGUAUUGAUUAAAUAAGUAGGCACACAAAAAAUAUUUUAUUUAAUCUAAUUGAGUGGUGUUUAAAUUACAUAGGUACAUAAACAAUAUGUUUGUUUUAGAUGGGCUGAUAAACUCCAAUCUAUUGGUUCGGAUGGUAAACUACAUCCUUUCAACCAUCCUUUUGUUCAAUCCCUGACAAUGUUUCUCGGAGAAUUUUUAUGCUUGUUGUUUUUCAAAUUAGCAUAUAGAUAUCAUCUGAGAAGAGAAGUAAGUGUAAUUAUCUAAUUUAAUUUAUACAUUUCUAGUUUUUACAUGAUGACCUAUAAUUUGUAUGUUAAAUUAUUAUAGUUUCCCAUUGAAGAUAGCCCACUUGUUAAAGGUAACCAGCAAUUCAGUCCAUUUUUGUUCUUUAUUCCGGCAAUGUUGGAUAUGGUGGCUACUACACUCAUGUAUAUUGGCCUGACUAUGACUUAUGCAUCUAGUUUUCAAAUGUUAAGAGGUGCAAUAAUUAUUUACUUAUUGAUAAAUUUACCAUUGUUGAUAGUAAAUAUUAAAUACUUAUAACUAUGAAUAAUAUUUGGUUUCUUUUUACUUCAUUUUAGGUGCUGUAAUAAUCUUUACAGCAGUAUUUUCAAAAAUCUUUGUCCAUCGACAAGUAUCUGCACGUCAUUGGUUAGGAAUAUUCACUAUAAUUGUUGGAUUAGCUACAGUUGGUGUAUCAGAUUUGUUAUCAUCUGGAAUUGGUACCAAAUCUGCUGAUAUAAUUAUUCUUGGUAAUAAUAAUUAACAAACAUAGCAUAUUGAUGUUGUUUAAAAAAUUCAAAUAUACUCUAUAAUUUGCAUAAAUCAUAAUAAAAUAAUAUUUUUCAGGAGAUUCUUUGAUUUUAAUUGCUCAGAUUAUAACAGCUGCUCAAAUGGUGUACGAAGAGAAAUAUGUUGUUACAAAUGAUAUCCCACCAUUACAAGCUGUCGGCUGGGAAGGUACUAGAACUUAUUAUUAUUACAAGUAUUUAAAUAUUCAUUGUCUUACAGUCAAUAAUUUAAAAUUUGUGAUAUUUUUUUAAUCUUAUGUGCUUACUCAAAAUUAAUUAUGUAGAUUGAAUAUGAAGUAUCAAGAUCUGAUUUUGGAGUUAAAAACAAAUACAUAAUAUUUAGUACUUUUUGUUAAAUUAAUAUUAUAAACAUCUAUACUAAUUAUUUUAAUAAAUAUAUUUGUUUUUAGAUUUAAGUUAUUAUAACUUUUUUUAUCAGACUAUUUUUAAAAUGUUAAAUUUAUAUAGGUGUAUUUGGAUUCUUAAUGAUGGGUUCACUUUUAGUACCAUUUUAUUAUAUUAAAGUUGGCUCUCCUCUCGGUGAUGGUAACUCACGUGGUGUUAUUGAAGAUUUCCCUGAAGCUAUUACUCAAAUUAUGAAUAACAAAUUGAUUUUGAUUGCAUUGAUUGGUAAACAUUGAUUAUUAUUUUUUGCUUAGUCUGGUUUAUAAAUUAUUAAAAUAUGUUUUUAGGUAAUAUAAUAAGUAUUGCGUACUUUAAUUUUUCUGGUAUAAGUGUCGCAAAAGAAAUAUCUGCAACUACAAGGAUGGUUUUAGAUUCAGUUCGAACAUUCUUCAUUUGGACUUUCUCAUUGGCAAUUGGUUGGCAAGGAUUCCAUCCGCUUCAGGUAAUAAUUCAUUUUUUUUUUUUUUUUCAAAACACAAAAAUUUAUAUUUGACACAUUUUAUAUUAUAUUUAUACGGUAUCAUUUCAGCCUGUUGGAUUCUUGUUACUGCUUAUUGGCAUGUGUAUAUAUAAUAAUUUAUUGAGAGCUGUACCCAGAAGAUUGAGAACUGUUGUACACUAUCCAACAGAUGAACCUAUUAUUGGAGGUGAGCCUUAAAAACAUGCGCUUACUCGUGAAGGUUGUUCACACUUGACUACUAAUAUCAAAAUAAAGAGCUAAUAGACAAACUAAAUAUAACUGCAUUCAAAAUAAUUUGUUUUCUUUGCUAUAAUAUUUAAAAAUGUUAAAAAUUGUUACACUUAAUAAUUAUUUUAAAACCAAAAACCAUGAUUUGUCUAUUCUAUUGUGAAAAUAAAUACUCUUUAUUAAGUAUUAUGUAGUUUAGAAAAAAAUCUCAUAGUUGAACCAGACGGUAGUUUAUGUCAUUGUAACUCAUUAUUAACUUAAAAAUUAUAAUCUAUUAUUUGCUAGUGAUUAAAACAUAUGUCAAAUAUUAUGUUUAGAUAGAAUUGAUAUUAUUCUUUAAACCAAGUAAUUUUUUUUGUUUAGUACUUUUAUUAUUAUUGUUCCUUAUUUGUAUUUAAAUUAUAUGAUAGAUUAAAGAUAAUUGUUAUAUUUAGAACAAUGAAUGUUAAAUUAUUAUGAUUAAUUAUUGAUAUUAUUAGGUGUUUUUAACAGCAUUUUUUUUGGCACUAACAAUACUUAGAUACUUAAUAAUAUUGUUGAGUUGUUUUGUUGUAGCCCUAUUAUUAUGAUGUAAGCAUUAAAAUAUAUAUUUUUAUGAUAAAUAUAAAUGGGCUUAUAUAAUUACUUUAAAUUUGUACGCUUUGGUAUAAGGUAUUUUUUAAUACAAAUGUAAUAAAAUUAUGAAUUUUGGUUAAUACAACAAUCCUUCAUUUAUUGUUUAAUGUGCUACAAUCAAUUUUUUUUUUCUUAAACACAUUAGAAACUGGCAAAAAAUUGAAUUUUAAUUUAAAUUCUAACCUAUUAUUCAUUCAUUUAUUAUUUCAGAAUAAGAAAAAACGUUUAACAUUGGACUAGAAUAUGUAAUGUUUUGGUAUUCAGUAUACACUGUUUAUCUAUACUUUUUUAUUAUAUAUAAAACCAUUUGAUGUUUAUGUUUGAGUAGUCAUUGAGUUUACCAUUUCAUACCAAAACUUGAACUAUAAUUUUUUAAUUGAUAUAAUUAUUGUGUACACAUUUGUUAGAAAAAAAUACCCAACAACAAAAUAUUGAUUACGUAGAAAUAUUAUUCACAUUAUUACUUUACAUAUUUUACAUCAAUGUAAUCAAUAUUUAAUUAACAGUAUAUCUUAUUUGACAUUGUAUUUACACAUGUUAAAUAUACAAAAAAAAAAAAAAAAUGUGUCAUCAGAUAUGUUUAGAAAACGAUGGUAAUAUUAUUGCUGUAGUAUAAUAAUAAUUAUUAUAAUGUAAUAUAUUUCAUGGUAUUUAUGAUUUUUAAAAACAAUCAAAGUAAAUAAUUUGAGCACUAUAAGAUACUUUAACUUAUUUGAGUAUGUACAAAUGAUGUGUUAAAAAUCAAAAUUUUGGACUUUAAAAUACGACUGAUUUCUUUUUAAAUCUAUUAUUUAAUUUAUUUUAUUUUAAAUGUGGAUUUUUCACACCAUUAGUACCUACUUCCCAAGGUGGAAAUGUAUUACUAAGUAAAUUAAAAUAACAAAAAAUGAACUUACUUGUGUUUUUUUUUUUUUUUAAACAGAGUAUUGUGACAUUAUGUAGAUACAUACACAAUUUUUUGUUUUAUUAACUGUAAAUUUAAUAUUUUUAGAGAAUGCAUAAGUAUUAUAUAGACUAUAGAUAAGUAAAAUUUCUAAAAUCGAUGUUAACAUUAAGUCUUCUUCAUUCCAACUAUUUAGGGUCGGCCACCCUCAUCCUUAACUACCACUUGACCAGACUCCCUACAUUGUUCUUGCAUACACUCGCCGUCAUUGUAUCAUUCUCAAUCACAUCCAACCACCUCGUUUUUGGACUUUCUCUUCUCUUUAUCCCUAAAUUUAUUUUCAUUACAAUAUUAUAUAUCAUACAUACAUUACAUACAUAUUGAUAUAGCAACACGAUCAAUUGAGCUCCGCUCAGAAUCGUUUUUUCGUUAGCGAUAGUUGCGCGUUUGAACUGUUUACUCAACUAAAUACAAACGAUUGUAUGAAGUAGGUAUACAAUAAUCCAUUUCUCACAUA